AUGUUGACCCAAUUAAAACCCCUUGUCCAGUCCCAUCCUGAGCUACUAGUUGCCGCUGUAGCUUUAGGCCUCCUCUCAGCUGCCUUUUACCUAUAUCAAAAGUAUCACACAAAAGACUUCAAGGCACCAAACAUAGCAGAUGAAUUCUCCGGCCCGCAACCAGCACAAAUACACGAGCUCAUCCAAGAAGGAUACAAGAAGUAUGGAUCCGAAUCUACAUACUACAAGAUCCCCCAAGUCCACGCGGACACAGUCAUCCUCCCCAUCAACAAGCUCGACGAGCUAAAGUCGCUCCCAGACAGCAAGCUCAGCGCAAUGGAAGACCAAGACGAACGCUUCCUCCCCCAUUACAGCCUAGGCUCCGUCAGCGCCGUGGGCGGCAACGUCGAAGUCGGCCGCGCGAGUGUCAAACGCGACCUCACCCGCAACCUCCAGAAGCUCGAGCCCGACGUCAACGAGGAAAUCGAAAUCGCCUUUUCCAAACUCAUGCCGACGUGCGAAGACUGGACCGAAGUCGAGAUCAUGUCCAAGAUCUUCAAAAUCGUCGCCCUGGCCGUCGGCCGCGUCUUCGUCGGCAACCCGCUCAACCGCGACCCCGAAUACAUCCGCACCACCAUGUCCUUCACCAAGGACACCUUCACCGCCAUGGGCGCCAUCCGCGCCUACCACCCGCUACUCCGGCCCUUUGCACAGUACUUCCUCAAGGAGAUCCAGAACGUCAACACCGCCCUCGAGACCAUGAAGCGCCUCGUCAAGCCGGUCCUGGAGAAGAACAUGGCCUGCUACGAAGACAAGUCCACCACCCCCUCGCUGUCCGUCUUCAACCUGCGCAACGCCCCCGACGCAAAGUACCGCGCAAACCUCGACAUCCACGCCCACACCCUGCUCGUCCUCUCGCUCGCCGCCCUACACACCACCUCCACCGUCACCACAAACGCCAUCUACGACCUCGCCGAACGGCCCUGGUACGCGGAGCCGCUGCGCGCCGAAGCCGCCGCCGCAAAGGAGGAAGCCGGCGACCUCGUCGAAGUCCCGGAGAUCGGCGACGAAGAGCUGAAGCCCACCAAGGCGAGCGUAGCGCGCAUGAAGAAGCUCGACAGCUUCCUCAAGGAGGGCCAGCGCAUCCACCCGAUCCUCAUCAUCCACUUUCGCCGCAAGGCGAUGCAGGACAUCGUGCUCAAGGACGGCACGCUGAUUCCCGCGGGCACGCACGUGGCCAUUGCCACGGACCCUACGCCGUGGGAGGACGUGGAUAGCUUCGACGGGUUCCGCUGGAGCAAGCUGCGCGAGCAGCCAGGGCAGGACACGAAGCAUCAUUUUGUGGCUACGGGUCCGGAUUCGCUGUCUUUUGGGCAUGGGUCGCAUGCGUGUCCUGGGCGUCACUAUGCUGUGGAGCAGGUCAAGUUGAUCAUCAUGCACUUGAUUGAGAAUUACGAGUUGAAGUUCAGGGAUGAGGAUCAGGUUAAGCCGAAGCGGAUCAAGAGCGCGGGCGGGUACAUGCCCAAUCCGCAGAUCAAGGUGUUGCUGAAGAAGAGGCAGGUGGCGCCGUUAGUGGAUCGCAAGGAUUCGGUGAUAGCGAGUAUUGGCUAG